CAGUGCACGUGCCGUCGCCACGGCCGGCUAAGGAGCGGCAAGGCCCGGCCUCGAAAUCUCCGAACACAGCUGCCGUGGGUGCGCGUGCUGCCAUCAUGUCGGCGAUCUGCUACGUACUAUGGACGCUGUUCGUAGUGGCAUCCCUGGCUGAUGCGGGCAUCAGAUGCGACUGCUCCAUAAACGGUGUCACAUACAGCCUCGUAGGUAUCAACUGUGCCAGACCUAACACGACCGAGAGCGAUAAUAAAGCAGUGCAGUGUGAGAAAGCGCGGUACGGCUCUGUGGAGGCCGGGUACAUCGUGAACCCCCGCGAGAAGACGAGCGGCUACAGGUCGCUGUACCGGCUGUACCGCACCAGCCGCCACUGGCUGGACGCCGCACAGUCCUGCUCGAGGGACGGCGGCCACCUGGCCGUGCCGGGCACCCAGGCCGAGCUGGACUUCAUGGCGGACCAGCUGAGGCGACACGGCGGCGGCCGCACCACCGGCGCCAUGCUGGGGGUGCGCAGAGCUGCCGACGAGGAGCCCUUCCUCUCCGUCACAGGGGAAGAUGUUGAAACGGUGUUGUCUGGGAACUGGCCGCCUGGGACGCCACAGUCGGUUCCACGCCAGCAGUGUCUGGAGCUGCAGAUCAAGGGACCACAGGCGGCCGCUCUCCGGAGCCGCGACUGCGGGCAACCUGCCGCCUACUUCUGCGAAAGACCCCUUAGCGCGCCCGUCAACUCCAAAUACAGUUUCGUCGCCGGUCUCGGUUUCUACAUGCCGCUGGCACAGCUCCUGCCGUACCCCGGAGCGGAGCAGCAGUGCCAGGCGUCGGGGGGCCACGUCGUGGUGCCCGACACGCAGCAGGAGGCGGGCGCGCUGGUGCAAGCCUUCGACAUGUACCCACAGGUGGAGCAGAUCUACGUCGGCAUCGAUGACCGCCGGCAAGCUGGUGUCUUCGAAACUGUACAUGGUGGCCUGCUGGAGUGGCUGGACUUCCAGAACUGGGCGCCAGGUGCUCUGGAGACUCGCAGCGCCGACAUCCACUGCGUGACCUUCACGGCCAGCGGCAACUACCAACUAGUGCACUGCGACACGCCACUGCCCACCAUCUGCGAGUGGAAACUCUGAUAACGCCCUUCAUACACGACCCUCGCCUAUGAGGUUUCCUGAUUUUAUGAUCGUGGCAGCCUCUAACGACAUUCUUGCACAGCUUCAAUAUAGCUGUGUGAUAACUUGUCAAUAGCAUUUAAACCAGUGUUCACAGUAUCCAAAUUACCUUCCGCAUCCUUACGAAUAUACAAGCAAUUAUUUGGUCUACCGUUGUUACAAACAGUAGGAAUGAAUCAAAAGAGACAUCCUCUUUGAGAUUUUCUCUUCACUCAGGCGAUGAGGCAGUAAAGGAUGGGCAAUAAGAUUCAAGAAAACAAAGAAACAUUGUGAGAACCGGAAAUGGUUGGUAACGAAUGUACACAGACAUUACGGAAAAUUUCUGAAUAAAACUGAGUCGAGUCAACAGACAGUUAUACAACAGUUAAUGCAAAGUGAAAAUGAUAAAUUGAAGAUGCAAGGAGAACAGUGGUUGAAGUACGCAUCAAAUCUAGGUAUCACAUAUUGGCAGAACUAACUUUACCGUCUGCCAAGCCAGAUGACCAAGGGAAAUCGCUAUACCAAUAUCAACUAUUGGAGUACGUUACUGGUAACUAUUUGUGUAGAACCAUACUUUAAAAUAAGAAGAAAGUCAACCGUAGGAAAACCGGAAAUGUAGAAACGUAAAGCUUUGAAAUUUUAUGUUGCAGAGGGGUUAAAAAUUACAUCGACAAAAAAGAAAGGAACGAAAUGUACUAGAAAACACAGAUGGACCCAAAAGACUCUGAAAAAUUCUAACGGUGUGGGAAGAGUCAGUGGAACACUUAGUAAGGACACUGGAAAUUUCGAGUAGGUAAAGUGAUAAAAGACAACAUUUCACAGAGAUGUUAAUUUAAAAAGGGACUUCGAUUAACUGCCUGCUGUGUAACUACGAUACAGUGAUUCGGGAUGAGUUUAAGUUGUUUUUAUCUUCUACUAUGUCGAUGCCGAAAGACUAAUUUUGUCUCAGUUUCACUACACUGCCGACUGGUUGCGUAACCUUUCCUCCUGAUGGACCUGUUGAUAAUGCAACAAAUUUUCUGUACUGACCUUUCCCCAAAGAUAAAUUCUAUUUCAGGCGAUACAUUGCUAUUAAGCAACCUGAACUUGGAAAGAAACUUUUCUGUAGGAAUACUGCAAACAAACACUGAAGAACCCAAGAAAAUGUUACACCUGUAUAACAUCGUUUAGGGUCCCCACAAGCACGCAGAAGUGCCGAAACACGACGUGGCAUGGACUCGACUACCGAUUAAAGUAGCGCUGAAGGGAAUUGAUACCAUGAAUCCUGCAGGGGUAAGUGUACGAGGGGCUGGAAAUCUCUUCUGAACAGCACGUUGCAAAGCAUUCCAGAUAUGCUCGAUAAUGUUCAUGCUUGGUGAAUUUGGUGGACAGCUAUAGUGUUUAAACUUAGAAGAGUGUUGCUGGAGCCAAUCUGUAGCAAUUCUGGACGUAUGGGGUGUCGCACUGUCCUUAUGGAAUUGCCGAAGUGUGCUGCAAUUCACAAUGGACGUGAAUGGAUGCAGAUGAUCAGGCAGGAUGUAUACGCACGCGUCACCUUUGAGAGUCUUAUCUGGACGUACCAACGGUCCCAUAUCACAAACUGCACACGCCCUGCACCAUUACAGAGCCUCCACCAUUUUUAACAGUCCCCUACUGACAUGAAGGCCCGUGGAUUCAUGAGGUUGUCUCCAUAGCCGUACCCAUCAAUCCGCUCGAUACAAUCUGAAACGAACCUUGUCCCACCAGGAAAUAUUGUUCCAGUCAUCAACAGGCCAAUGCCGAUGCUGGCGGGACGAGGCGAGGAGUAAGGCUUUGUGUCGUGCUGUCAUCAAAGGUACACGAGUGGCCCUUCGGCUCCGAAAGCCCAUAUCGACGAUGUAUCUUUGAAUGGUUCGCACGCUGGCACUUGUUGAUGGUUCAACAUUGAA